AUGGUGAUGGCCAGGGCACCAUGCAGUAUGUCACCAGUGUGCUGAACGAGUGGGGCCAGUUCUUGACCACAGUGGUGGUGGCAGCUGAGUCUGGGGGGUGCUACAGACGUAUGGCCAAAGAUCUGAUGGCCCGCUUUGAACGAGCUAGGGCUCCUGCACCAACUGUCAUAUAUGCAGAUAACAACUGUUGUCGUGACAGUGGUUCGUCCUUCCUGGAGAAUCUGUUUGGGGACUGGGUGCAGAAGGGCACUGUGGUCAGACUGGACAUCCGACACUGGCUGCACCGCUGGGAUGCUGUUGUCAUCAAACAGAGCCAUGCCAAGUAUGGGGUGUUCAUGAGUGCCCUUGCAGGUGCAGUGCUGGCAUACUACAAGGACGGUAUGAUGCUCCUAAUCCAGGCAGUCAGGAAGGGCAACCAGGAGUUGUACGCCAGUCUUUCAGACGAGGACAUGAUAGUCUUCCUCAAACCUCACCAGAUCAGGUCCUAUGUCAGAUGGAUCACCCGUGGAGUUGAGGAGACAGCUUCAGCAAUUGAGUCCAUCAUUACGGAGUUCAGUGGACCUGCAGGCCUUGACAUUGAUGGAAUCCACCUGUUCAAAUCAGCACAGGCAGUGGAUUCUCACUGGGCAACUGCAAGCAAGCAUCUUAGUUGUAUGCAGGACCCCCCUGGCAUACGGUUGUAUGUGUCAGUGAAGGUGGUGAUGCUGAAUGGUGUCCACCUGAACAAGUACAGGUGUCGGCGAGGCAGUAACUCCUUGGAGGGCUUGCACUCACACCUGUACAAUGCCAUUCCCUCACAGAGAUGUGGAGUUAUGCCAUUCCAAGUGUAUCUGAUUGCGUUUGCUGUGCAGUGGAACAGCCGCAUGGAAUCGCUCCGGGUUGCUGGUGGUCAUGGCAGGCAGACGUGGUGUAUGGACCCACGGCAGAUUCAGCACCUGAAUCAGCAGGCUGAGGUGCUCUUCGGUAAAGAGCAUGUCCUCAAGCCCAACUUUGCCGCUCCAAUGCCCUGCCCUGCUGUAUACAAGGACCCAGACGAGGAGGAGCUCCUUGGAGUAGAGUAUGCCAUGUGCCAGUCAACCAGCUUCACUGCAAAGGAUUACUAUGCCCAGCAAGUUGAGGAAGAGCAGUCCCGUGAAGAAGAGGAGACGGCUGAACAAAGUGAGGACAAGCUGGCAGAUGAGGGUGUGGACAUGGGUGCAGAGUCAGAGGAGGAUCCUAUGGACACUGUCAGUGACAAACAUGUCAUCCUCACUCAAUCAGAACAGGUGGAGGAGGAGGACAGUCCUGCUCUGCAGGAUGUGCUGAUGACCCAGAGCCAUCUGCAUCUUCCUGGGCUUGAGGAAGUGGAAGCCUUGCCUGCUCAUUUUAGAACUGGCAGACAACAGUGACCGUCACCUAGUGCCAGCUGACCUAAGGCUGAAGAUUGGCACUGCAGUUGGUGCUCUGCAUGAGCAUGACAGGUCUGCAGCCAACUUUGUAAAAAUGUAUGAGUCGAGGUGGGGUUACACCCUGUUUGGCAGAUGCUUGGGAGCUGACACACCUGAGACCAGAGCAGCACAGAAGACAAAGUUUUCCUGGAUGAGGUACCCUCAGGCAGCCCAGGUGACUGAGGAUAGUCGUCUGUUGUACCUCAUUAUUAAGAUGCUGAAAAACCGGCCACCAGCCAGUCGUCUCACCUCCCCC